CCGGGCCAGUUUAAAAGGGGCUCCAGCUCUUUGCAGGAAAGCAGCGCUUGCCGAGCCGCUCAACAGUCGUCAGGGAGAUUGGAGAUCGCUGCGCGAGGAAGAUGGGAGUCACGCUGGGCUAUUGGGAUAUCCGUGGGCUUGCCAAUCCAAUCAGACUACUUCUGGAAUACACAGGAACAUCCUAUGAGGACAAGCACUACAGUGGCUUGGGAGAAGCUCCUGAUAUAGACAGAAGUCAGUGGACAAACGUGAAGGAGAAGCUGGGCUUGGACUUCCCAAAUCUCCCAUAUUUAAUUGAUGGCGAGAGAAAAAUCACACAGAGCAAUGCUAUCCUGCGAUACAUUGCACGCAAGCACAAAAUGUGUGGUGAGAAUGAAGAUGAAAUGAUCAGAGUGGAUAUCCUUGAGAACCAGGUCAUGGAUUUCCGAAUGGGAUUUGCAAGACUGUGCUACAGCCCUGAUUUUGAAAAACUUAAGCCUGAGUACAUGGAGCAACUACCUGGGAAGCUCAAGCAGUUCUCGCAAUUUCUGGGAGACAAGAAGUGGUUUGUGGGGAAGAAGAUCACCUAUGUAGAUUUCCUUGUAUAUGAUGUCCUGGACCAGCAAAGGAUCUUUGAGCCAAAAUGCUUGGAUCAGUUUAGAAAUCUCAAGGAUUUCCUUGCUCGCUUUGAGGCUUUGGAGAAGAUUUCUGCCUAUAUAAAUUCCGCCCGUUACAUCAAGACUCCCAUCUUCUGGAAAACUGCCUUGUGGGGGAAUAAAUAAGAGUAGAUGAGACCACGAGGCUGCCGUGUUGACUCUUGUGACUAUCUGCUAGAUUCACGUGACACGACAACACAUAGUCAAGGAUGAGUGUGGAUGGUUGUUGGACUGUGAACUCAACCUUACCAUGUCUAUGAACAACCCACAGAGAAAGCCCAUGCUUUGUUGCUGAGUUAUGAGCUGUGCAUGGUUAACAAACCACACCUUGUUAGCACAGCUUGGUUCACACAACACGGCAACUGACAGUUCAAUAGCAACCGACACCGACUCAACCCACAGCCCACUUUGAGUAUGAGUUACUGUCCUGUGUGAAUCCAGCAAAUGUCUCAGUGAGCGACCGUGAAUCACCUGCAUCCUUCCAUCCCUGUCAACUUCAUCAAGGAGUGUCCAAAUGCAUCACUCCAAGAUAUGACGUAUCUAAUAAAAGUUCCUGGCCACUGAAA